AUGCUCAGCCGCCCGAACGGCGAGCUCACGAGGGCCGGCCAGUACUACUACCAACUGAUCGACCGGCCGCCCCCCAGCCGGCAGUACGACCGCAACCAACCCCUCAUCCGCGAGGGCCCGAACGAUUACAUCAUGCUCCGGGGGGGCGCCAAAAAGCUGCUCCGCAGCCUCCAGCCCAACGGGAACUACCACUUGACCAAGCUCGGGAAGAGCUUCUUCAAGGACAAGUGGGUGGACUGGGUGGUGCACGUGCCCGUCAUCAUCCGCGGCAUCCGGCGAAACGGCCGGAACCGCGGCAUGCCCUACGAGCGCACGAAGCGCCUGCCCGUCACGGACCUCAACGCGUCCGCGCUCGCGCAGCUCGGGAACCCCGAGCCGAACGACAUUAUUUGGGAGCUGUCCGACGAGAGCUACUACCUGGACGCGACGAGGGAGUGGACCUUCAGCCAGCAGGCCAUGCAGGUCGUAGACGACCGGGUGGUGGUGGAGACCGUCCUGGAUCAGCCCCUGGGGGGCGUCUCCUGCCAGCUGUACUGCGGCGACGAAAUCCUACGCCUUCGAACAGAGGUGCUUUCGGACUUCGACGCAAUCUGCACCAAAAAAACGUGGCGGGAGCAGGGCAUCACCUCCCGAGAGAUCCGGGAAUUCUGCCUUUGGCGCCAGGCCCCGAUGUUCUACGUGGACUGCCAGGGCCGCCUGCUGGACAAGUACGAGCCUACCGUCAAGGAGCAGCGGGCCGUGGCCUUCACGAGCUGGAACGGCCACGCCUUCUUCUACAAAUCCGCCCCGUCGCGAAGUGCGAGCCGAUCGGGGAGCGGGCCAGGUCCGAGGGAGCUCCUGGCCGAGGGGCACUGCCCGAAGGUGGUCAUGCGAAGCAUGAGCGAGUGGCGGUGCCUGCGGCUGAGGGUGCGGGGCGGCGAGGACUGCGUCAUCUCCGCCUUCCACGAAGACCUGGAUGUGCUGCAGGCCUGGAUGGGGCGGCUGGGGCUCCCCUAUUGCGGGCAGCGUCUGGCGGGCGCCGCGAGCGAGGUCUUCCUUCACCUUCUCAAGGCCCGCCGCGAUCCGCCCGGAUCUCGGCAAGCCCUGCUCGCGGAGCAGGACCACCAGUGCAAGCUCUGCGCGGCCCCCAUCACCGCAACCACGUGCGAGUUGGACCACAUCGUCCCCGUGCACCAGUCCUUCGCCGCACAGGCCCAGAACCUCCAGGCACUGUGCCUCGAGUGCCACCGGAACAAAACGGCCCUGGAGUCCUCGCACGCCACGACACUGGAGUCGCGCUUCAGCCGGCGGGCUUACGAGCAGUACGUGGAAUCGCCUCGACUCCCGCCGCUCGUCUUCAAGCUCAACAGCCACAAGCCGGACCACAUCUGCCACGGUAUAGACGUGGUGCGGUGCCGCAAGAACGGUCUGGCCCAUGCCAAGUUCCCGGCGCCCAUCUUCUGCCCCAAGGACAACGUUGAGCAAGCCCGCGAAGGGCACCUGGCGGACCUGACCUACGUGAGGCUCCGGGAGGACGGGCGUUGGGCGGCGUUCAAGCAGCUCCCCUACGUGGGCCAGGGCUGGUACGCCAAGCCUGCGGUGGCCUACAUGCUGGAAAAGGGCCUUGCGACGUGGAGCGACUUCGUGUACAGCCUGGACGCCACGGCGCACGUGGACCAGGAGUCCGUGGCCCAGGCCCUGCAGAAAAUGGAGGCGGCUUGGCCGGAGGGAGAGGAGCACUACGCGAAGCUGUCGGUGAAUUUCGACGGGUCCGGGUGCCAGCACCGGGAGCUGUUCCUGGACGCCGCGGGCGGGAUGCACUGGGAUCACAUCUACGUGACCCAGUUGUUGUCCAACCGGAGCUGCCGGCCUGUGCACGACUUCGUGAUGGCCUCGGAGUACGUCGCCGUCUCCAGAAUCCGGGAUGCACUCGCAACCGUGCCGUCGAGGUACCUGAAGGCCGUCAAAACGGACUGCGUCGUCUUCCAGGACCUGCCCAAAAAGUUCCAGGGCCUUGUGGACAGCCUGGUCCGCGAAAGGCAUCCCGACGGCACGCCCGUGUACCGAUGCGAGGAGGUCAAGGGCCUCGAAGGCCAGUAUCGGAUCCCCCGAAUCGAGGCGGAGUGGAUGUGCAACAUUGACGCCUGGAAGGUCGCGGAGGACCCUGUGCUCCACUGCCUCGAGGGCGGGAGCCUGCUGCUGACCGGCUACCCGGGCACCGGGAAGACCCACCUGGCGCGCCAGAUCGUGACCGCCCUCCGGGAAGAAGGGUACAAGGUGAAGAUCAUCACGAAGACCCACUCCUCCCUGCAGAACUUUGGAAUGCAGGCGGAAACGGCCGACCACUGGGUGCGGAGCACCGUCCGGAACGGCUACUGCAACAUCGACUGGCUGGUGGUGGAGGAGAUUACGCAGCUCGACACGGGGCUGUGGAACGACAUCGCCUGCGUCUCCAUGAACCGCAAAGUCAAGUUCCUGCUGCUUGGCGACUUCCGCCAGUUCCCCGCCGUCAUGGACAACUUCGCGGGCACCCCGGUGCAGCGGGAGCUCAAGCACUGCCAGCUGCUCCACGACCUCACCGACGGCUGGCACCACGAGCUCACCGAGAACAGGAGGAGCGACCCGGGCAUCUUCGACUUCCUCCGGUGGCUCCGGGUCGACGAGCCCCGGGAGCAGUCCCUGCCGGAAGCGGUCCGGGCGGCCCGGGAAACGUUUCCGCGGCAAGGCGAGCCCGAUGUCAGCCUGGUCAUCUCCCACGCCCACCGCAUCAGGAUCAAUGCGCGGGACAACCGUCGCCUGGCCCCGCCGGAAGCUGUGACGAUCGAGUACACCGGCACUGGCCCGACGACCACCAACAUGCCGCAGACCAUGCGGGUCUGGCCCGGCCUGAAGCUCAUCGGCGUCGGCGGCCGCGUGACCAAAGGCAUCUACGUGCAUGUGGCAGAAGUGGGCCCCGAGAAGAUCGUCUUGGACGGCGGCGACUCCUUCACCCACGCCGCCCUCCUGAAACACACCCGGCUGUGCCACGCCAUCACCUACGCCUCGUGUCAAGGCCUGACGCUCGAAGGGCGGGUCUUCCUGUGCGACACCGAGAGCCCGCACUUCACCCUCAAGCACCUCUAUGUGGGGAGCAGCAGGGCCACCAGCAGCGAGCUCCUGAGCGUCCGUCACUUCCAUCAGAAGCCCACACUGGCCCGACAUAAGCCAUACCUGGCGCAAAUCUGCGCGCACCUUGCAUUCCCGACCGGCCAGGUCACCAGGAUCCUCCAGCGGCUGCUGGUCAGCGUCCCAGAAGUGGACUCGGGACAAAUCGACCUUGAGCUUGAUGAAGCUGUUCCCGCGGGAGGAGGUCUUGAGGCAGGACACGAAGCGACCCUCCACGUCCGACGCGGUGAGGUAGCGGCCGAAGAUUUUAGAGUCGUGGAGGCAUCGGGUCAGCUGGCCCUUGAUGUCCUUCUCGAUCGCCUGCAGGUCUGCCUUGGCAGCCUCGUUCUGCUCGAGACACAGGGGGAGUCGCCGGGCUUCCGUCUCGCUGCCGUAGGGGCUGGGGUGCCACAAGAUGCGCAGCCACUCGUGGGACCGCCAGGCCUCCGCGCACACCGGGAAGAACUUGCCGCCACGCUGGUUGGUCGUAAGCUCACCGAGCUUGAGUACCGUUUUGGGCUCCAUCGCUCCUUCUUUUUUCACGACAAGAAAAAAAAUGCCGGCCACCGUCGCCACCGCGGAGUGCGUGGUGGCCCUGCUCGCCUGCCUGCUGGUGCUGCCCGUGGCUGGGAGGUAACGAGUCUUGACAACAACCCAAAAGCCAGUCCAACCAUCUGCUCCGACAUCCUGCAAUGGGACUACAAGGCCUUCGAGCCCGGGCACUUCGACAUGGUGUGGGCCUCGCCCUGUUGCACCGAGUUCAGCAUCGCACUCAAGAAGCGCCCCCGCAACCUGCCGCUCGGAGAUGCCCUGGUGCUCAAGACCCUGGAGGUCAUAGACUACCUCAAGCCUCGGUGGUGGGCCAUCGAGAACCCGAGCACCGGGCGCCUCAAAACCCGCCCCUACAUGCAAGGGCUGCACAUGGACCGGGUCACGUACUGCAAGUACGGCUUCCGCUACAAGAAGCCCACGGCCAUCUGGCACAACCUGCCCUGGACCCCCUCCCAGGGGCCCUGCCGCAAGGGCGACCGCCCACCAAGGGGCGGCAGGGGAGUGCGUCUCUUCAAGACGCCUGAGUACUCCGUCAAGCAGCCGCCUGACCCCGUGGUUUGCAAGCCCCCCGCCAACGGUAUUUUGUGUGCUCCAUCUGCAAGCGGAAAGACGGUACUCCUUGUGAGCAUGAUUUUGGAGCAAUACCGGGGCUGCUUCGAGCGCAUCUAUAUCUUCUCGCCCUCGGUGGAGGUCGACUCUGCCUGGCAGCCUGUCAAGGAUUACAUCCGAGACGAGCUGGGCGUGAAUACGGACCGGGAGCAGUGCUGGUGGGAGGAUUGGGACGAGGGGGCGCUGCGGAAGAUCAUCGCGGACCAGAAGCGCAUCACCCAGAAGAGCAAGGAGCUGGGCCUCAAAAAACUGUACUCGGUCUUGGUAGUUUUGGAUGAUCAUGCCGAUAAUCCAGCUGUGCACCGCAAGACGGGAGAUGGCGUUUUGGACACUCUGUUCAUCAGGGGCAGACAUUUUUGCAUCAACACCUGGGUCUCGACCCAGAAGCUGCGUCUUAUGAGCUCCGCCGUGCGGGUCAACGUGAUGUUCUACUGCGUCUUCCGGUUGCGAAACCAACUGGAGCUGGAUGCCUUGGUGGAGGAGCUGAGCGCCAUGCUCCCGAAAGAAACCCUCUACGCCAUGUACGAGGAGGCCACCAGGGAGCCCUACAGCUUCUGGUUCGUUAACCUCCGCGCGCCCAAGGAAGACAUGUUUUGGGUGCGCUUCGACCGGAAGUUCUUGCUAAAUGGGGACGCUCCUGAGCCAGAUGGCGGCCAAGUUGUUGGGGGGAGGCCCCGGCAAACCUCCGAUGGCUCCAACGCCAGCGAGUUCUCGGCGCGGCCCACCCGGUUUUUCAGGCGCCGUUCUAAAAAGGGCAUGACGAGUAUCUACGUGGACUCGCGCCUCCGCGCGGAGGGCACGGACAGCAGCUUCUCCUUCGACAUCGGUGAGAGUGUGCACAUUCAAUCCGGCGCCAAACUUGCGGUGUACAAGGUCCGCGUUGCUGACGCCUUUUUGAGCACGGACCGCGGGACGUUCUUGUACUGGGAGGACACGGUCGCCGGCACCCUGCAUUACGCGGAGCUCCCGGUGGGGGCGUACACAGGGCCGCGAUUGGCUGCGUGGAUCAGCAGCAACUUCGCUUCCGCCAGCUACACCGCCGAGACAAAUGAGCUCGACGUGACCUACGACGGCGUGCGCCUCAUCCUCAACGAUGCCGAGCUCCGGCAACGCUUCCCAGGCACGGCCCCCUACCCGCCGGGCGCCUCGCCCAGCAAGCCCCUGUCCAUCAACCACCUCCUCGGCCCCAGCUACCUCACAGGCUCUGUGCAGCGCUUCGUCUUUGUGACGAUGAAUCCGUUCUCAGAACUGUACCUCAGGUGCCCAACACUGGCCAACGGGGAGACGACGGUGGGCCCGUUGGGGCACGACAUCCUCUGCAAGAUCGUCGUUUCGAAAGGCGUGGGCCACGUCAUGGAGACCGAGACGUCAGAGGGGCACUGGGUUCAGCUGCACGGGCCCAUAACCCUGCGUCAGUUGCGCUUCAAGCUCACCGACUACCAGGGCAACAUCGUGAACACUCGAGGCACCAGCAUUUCCUUUGUGGAUGAACCCGCUCCUGUGACCACCGAGCCCGCCGUGGCCGAGCCUCCCGCGCAGCUGGUGGUGGCCGAGCCUCCCGAGCCUGCCGAGCCUGCCGCGGUGGCCGAGCCGCCGACCGAGGUUCCUCAGGAAGCGCCCCAACCCAAACGGCGAGGGCGACCGCCAGGUUCGAAGAACAAGCCAAAGCCGCCCCCGACUGUGGCCGUGGCGGAGCUUCCGAAGCAUGCUGAGUCGCCGACACCGGAGCCGCAGCAAGAGCCCCACCAGGAGCGAGCACAAGAGCCCCCGCCUGAGCCCCAGCAACCCGUGCGUAUGACGCCCUCGGAGGCUCGCCGCGCCCGGCAGCUCUCGCGAGCCGACCGCUUCCAUGCCGCGAUGCUGCGGGCGUUUCACAAGCAGUAUCCCAGCUACAACUUGACGCCGCUGCUCUACAAGCGGCAGCAGCAAUUGAUCGAUGCUCGGGCCUUCAACGAGUGGCUGGCCAACCGGCGGCAGCGCCAGGAAGGCGAGGCCUAUACGGAUGAAGUGGGGCGUGCAGUCGACGCCGUUAACAGGAGGAUCCCCCAGUUGAGGUGGGCCCCCGCCGAGCGGGCGGGCGUGCGUCGCGUGGCCCGCGACGUGGCUGCCGGGCGCAACACUAGCGUCCUGGGCUACAUCGCUGAGGGCGAGCCCUUGCCCAUCGACCUCCCAAACCGCAAUGCCAGCAUCCUGACUUCCAGCCACUUCUGGCUGGACGACUAUCCCCAGAGCUCCGAGCCCGAGCCAGCCCCGCUGCCCCACACGACCGUGAACCCUGCAGCAGCCUACGAGGAUGCCAACGAGGGCUACGAUGGAGUGCCCUUCCCCCGCCGGGAUUUUUUGCGCCCACGGCCCUUUGACAUGGACAGCGAACCGGAUUUUGGGGCCGUGGACCCCGGGCAGGCUCUAAGAAACGACGGGUUUCAGCCCCCAGCACCGCCAAGCUUCCUCAGCCGGAUGCAGCAGGCUGAAGCCGCUGCGGGGCGGGAGCUGCAGCUGGACUGGGGAAGGAACUGGAUCGACCGGAACCUACGCAUUCCGCGCACGCCCGAGGGCCUCGCGCCCCCGCCCGACGAAGUAGCUCCACCCCAAAUCAUCGGCCGGCCAAGUGAAGUGGAGCCGCUUCUGGAGCGGGCGGGACAGCGAGCCCAGGAGGUGGAGAGGGCGGCAGCCCGAGACAUCGAGCAGUUCAUGAGCGAGCAGGUGGCCGAGGCGGAGGCGACCGAGGGCUUCGCUUCCACAGCAGAAAUGGCUGCGGGGGCUGCAGAAGCGGCAGGUGCUGCAGAGGCCGCAGCGGGUCCGGGCGCGCUUGCGCUGUUUGGCGAGGCAGCAUUGGGCACCGCUGCGGGCAUGGGAGCAGCGGCGGGGGGCUUGGCUGUGGCAGGCGGGGCGGCCGCACUCGUGGGAACCGCAUGGGCACUGCACGGCGGCAUGGUGGCGGCAGAGCACCUUUUGGGCUGGGGUGGAGGCGGAGGAACCGACACGGACGCCUCCCGACCCAGCUCGGCCCCCGACAUCCAGACCUUGAAUGGGAUGCAGGAGUUUGGGGCGGAGCAGCACUUCCAGCUCCGGGAGCCACAGGCCUCACGGCAACGCCCGCAGUUUUACCGCAUGGACACCGACAGCGAAUCGGAGCCGCGGGCCCAGCCGCCCCCGCGAGUGCAGGCUCGCCCCGCGAGGCCCACGCGCUUCCCCACGGGCUUGAACCCCGCUCCCUUGGCGCAGUCCUCGGGCAGCGAGUCCUCCCGCGGGCCUCGCAUGCAGAGGCCGUCCCGCGCCGCACCGCCCCCGUCGUUCGAGGCGCUUCGAAGCGCGAGCGAGCCGGAGGCCGCGUGA